AUGUCGGACGAAAGCUUGAUAACAGCUGUGAGUGAGUGUUCGGUCCUGUACGACCUCACUUUAAAGGCGUAUCACGACCAAACAAAGCGCAACCAGGCCUGGCAAGACAUUUCAGCUUUGCUGGGCGUUACAGCUGAAGUGUCCCGCAAGAAGUGGAAAUACUUGCGUGAUAAAUAUUUGAGGGAGAGGAAGGCAGAGAGGGACAGAAAGAAAAGUGGGGCCGGUGCCACCUCUUUCAAGAGGUGGAAGUAUAUGGCCAUCAUGGGCUUCCUGGAGCGCCAUGUGAAGGAGAGGGUGACAUCUAGCAAUAUGGAGCAGGGAGAUUAUAGCCAGGAAAUAGCACCGGAAAUCUUGGCCCUGCUAGCACCCAGUAUGUCUCCCGAACGAGAGGCUCUGGUCACACUGCUGCGUCCUGUACCUCCACCACCACGCAGGAGACAGCUGGAGCAGCCGCUGUCUGUGUUCCAGCAAUCAAUCCUGUCCUCCAUCCAAAAGGAAAAGGAGAAUACACUGGCUGUGGACGAGGAUGAGCAUUUUAUGCUCAGCCUCGUCCCAUCAUUGAGGAGGCUGUCAAACCAAAAAAGGGCCCAGGCGCGCAUGAGGAUGCAGCAGGUCCUUUACGAUGUGGAGUUUGGAGAGUAA